AUGGACCCAGAGCCCCAACAACCUCAGGAAACCCGCGUUAAAAGGAGAAGAGGAGGCACUCGUAAAAAGACAGGAUGGUUCGGCUUCUGUUUCUUCUUCGUCAGUCGUCUAAAUAGCUUAAAUUCUUUUAGUUUCACCUGUAAGGCCCGACACACCCAUUGCGACGAGAAGAAGCCUGUUUGCAGCAAUUGUGAAAGGCUGGGCCUUGAGUGUCGAGCUAGCGAGUUCAUCGCCCGGUCAGCUUGGUGUUCGACGGACAAGGGCAAGUCAAAGCGGCGAGGCAGUCUCGCAAGUCCGAAUAGCGCAGUAUCUGCUGAUAUCCAAGUAUUCGGCCCCCCUACCUCCACCUGGGAUAUAUUCCGCUCGAGCUGGCCAGACUCAAAGAAUUUCAGUGAGUCUGCUAACGCUUCUUCGGCAUCGUCUGUGCUCUCCACGUCUCCCGUAACUCCCGUCCCGACUCUUCAGCCAACAACGUCGCAGCAAACUGUACCACUUUCUCCAGAGACGGUCUUUCUUCUUAAUGAAUAUCAACGUGGUUUGGCAAAAUGGAUGGACCUUUUUGAUCACGGAUGCACCUAUCAACGCCAUGUCUGCCGGCGUGCGUUAACUUCUGAUCUUCUCCUCAAAUGUAUCUGCGCUUUCACGGCCAGGCAGCUCUGCCUCCUUGCUUCUGGUGAAAUCUGGUCUCCUGUCGCAACAAAAUACUACAGCCAGGCCUUGAAUCUAUUGAUUAAGCAACUGAACAGUCCGGAGCCAAGAGGUGAUGAGCUGACAGCUGUGAUGUUGUUGAGCAGCUAUGAAGUCCUAGCUGCUCAAGGUCAAGAACAUCGCCGACAUUACGAGGGCGCAAUGAAACUAAUUAGAAUGCAGGGUAUUAGCGCUCGAUCAAUAGGGCUUGACAGAGCAAAUUUUUGGAUCUGGAUACGACACGAAAUCGCCGUUUCAAUUAUGAACGAGACCCCACUUCAAAUGAGCCCGCGAUAUUGGAACGUCAGCUGGCGAGAUGGAGAGACCGAAGAAGACAGCCUGGGAAAUCACGUCUUGUGGUUAGUUGGCAGGGCUGUUGACUGGGUUUUCGGAAAGGGGACCCCUCGUGAAUAUCAUGAUCUAUUAAGAGACACCGAACGUUGGCAUUCUGGGUUAUCGGCCACUUUUCGCGGGGUUAAAUAUGGUGACCCGGUUGAAGAUGGCAUUUCCAAGGUUUAUUUCGCUGUUCCAGCUGCAGCUGCUGCAAUGCUGUGGUUCCACCUCCUUCAUAUUUUACUCUAUGCUGAACCGGUGCUUAAGGAUGCCACGUAUGCAGCAAAAGUACAAGCGCAUGCCACAGAAGUAAUCAAUAUCUCUAUCUCAGAUAUUGCUGAUCAGGCCCGCUGUUUCUCAAUAAUACCACUAUAUUUCGCUGGGAAACACGUCAAUAGCAUUGUUAGAAAAACUAGAGUUUGGGUUCUGCUGGACGAUAUACAAACAGAACUUGGAUAUCAUACCCGCAGUAGCAUUGAGGGACUACAGAAACUUCUAGAUCCAGCUUCCCGAAAAGAUCGGAAUCAGACAGAAUCGACCACAUUGUCAUAG